AUGGUAAGUAGUCGAAUAUUAUCAAUCGGUAAUUUAUGGCUUAGCGAUGCCAAAUGACGGUAUUUUGCCGCACAAUUUGGCUGUUUGGCAGCUGAAAUAAUUUCUGGAGGCUAGCGGUCAUAAUUAAAUUUUCAAAAAAUUUCUCUAGACUGUUGUGGGUAGAUCAUAUCAACAUAUUAUUUUAGGUUUAUGGAACCUCCAGAGAACGAGGGCUUCCUCGAUACGAUUCUUUUACCCUUCAGCCAAUCCGACCGACUCAGUACAACGGAACUAUCAAUAACGGUUUGAAGAAUUACAGUCGGAAACCUCUGAAUAUUGUAAAGUGACUAUUUCUUCAAUAUUUGAACACUUCUAGGAUCUGUAUUCUGUUCCUCGUCAUUCGCUAACCCGAGUCAAUCCAAUCACCCUCGAACAUUUCGAUAAACCCACGGCCAAUGGGACUGUCCGGUCGAUAAAUCAAUACUCUUUGGUCGGAACAGAGCCUCUGGCAACGUUAACCAAACCACCGAUUACUGUAACAAAUCUGCCUUCGAAUAAACAUGCGUGAGUUUGAGAAACCUUUUGAAGAUAAAAUUCUGGAUGUGUGAAGGAUGACGUUUUAUGUUUUCAGAUUCAAAUGGAAUUGGGCCGAACGGCUAUACGAGAACACCAAUAUCGGGAUGCACCGUUACUUCUUCCUUGCCAAGCGCCUCUUCGCCCUGGCUGGCCUAGCCAUCUCCACCUUUAUUUUCUUCGGUCGUCAUCAGAAUCCAAGUCUUCCAAAGGAAGACUCGGGCGCCUUCAGUCUCACCGAAUCCGAACAACAUCUCAAUAUCGUUCUCUUCGUCGUAUCUUGUUUUACCUUGACUGCGAAUCUUCUUGGAACUUUUAAUCAUUGGAAUGAUCACAGAAGAGCGAUGAGUCAAUUGUGGACCAGACUGGCCAUCCUCGGGUUCGAGGUGUUACUGGAGGUCACGCUUAUUGUAUUUUGUGUGGCUGUGUUGAUCAGCUUCUUGAAAGAGGUGAGUUCUACAAUAGUUUUGACUGACGCGUUUAUUGAGUUCUUUUAAAACACGUUUUUUCUAAGCUUGGAGAGCCCUGGCUGCACGAAAAAUCAAACUGCUUCAUUUUUCUUUAAACUUGGAAAACUGUAGCUACGUACCAUUCUAAGAAACUUUCCCGUUAACUUUUUUUCGAAAUCUUACUGUACUUUGGGUUACGGUAACAUGACUCGUUUUGUCAUAACUCGAUAACCAGAUGUCGUAGCGAGACGGGGUCUUUACCAGUAUGUUCAGCGUGCCGAAAGACGGCUUUUUGUUAGUUACACCAAGUUUCGAAGACGCCGGGAAGUGACCAAAAAAUUUGAAUAUUUAUGCAAAAAUUCAAAAAUAUGCAAAUUUCUCGAAAAUUUAACCCAAAUUAUGCUCAUUUUUAUUUGAUGUGUCGAAAAUAGAAGUCAUAGCGGUUCCAACGGUGUAAAAAACUUGAACGUGCGAACCGAGCUGUCUGAGAGCGGGCUGUUUGAAGUUGGGGCAUCCAGUCAUGAAUGAGCAAAAAAUCGAAGUAAACCGUAUAAAAUCAUUGUUAAACGGCAAGAACGGAAAGUAAAUUUUGUUAUUACAUUGUAUCAGUCACAAUAGAAGAUUUUCCACAUAAUUUUCAUAAAUUUGCAUAUUUUGGAAUUUCUUGCAUUUACGGGUGCAUCAGCCGCCAGGUAGACUUGGACAUGGCAAAAAUCGAUUUUGAGUUUUUUACAUUAAAAUGACUGUUGGAAGGUACUAAGCAAAAGUGAACAAUAUUUUUUCCCAAAUCCUUCAUUAAGGUAUAUUUUUGCAACAUUUUGACAAUAAAUGCAAGUAAUUACAAAAUAUGUAAAUUUAUGAAAAUUAUGUGGAAAAUCCUCUAUUGUGACCGAUACGAUGUAAUAACAAAAUUUACUUUCCAUUCUUGCCAUUUAACAAUGAUUUUAUGCGGUUUACUCCGAUUUUUUGCUCAUUCGUGACUGGGUGCCCCAACUUCAAACAGCCCGUUCUCAGACAGCUCGGUUCGCACGUUCAAGUUUUUUACACCGUUGGAACCGCUAUGACUUCUAUUUUCGACAGAUCAAAUAAAAAUGAGCAUAAUUUGGGUUAAAUUUUCGAGAAAUUUGCAUAUUUUUGAAUUUUUGCAUAAAUAUUCAAAUUUUUUGGUCACUUCCCGGCGUCUUCGAAACUUGGUGUAGAUAACAAAAAGCCGUUUUGCGGCACGCUGAACAUACUGGUAAAGACCCCGUAUCGCUACGACAUCUGGUUCUCGAGUUAUGACAAAACGAGUCAUGUUACCGUAACCCAAAUUACAGUAAGAUUUUGAAAAAAAGUUAACGGGAAAGUUUCUUAGAAUGGUACGUAGCUACAGUCUUCCAAGUUUAAAGAAAAACGAAGCAGUUUGAUUUUUCGUGUAGCCAGGGUUGUUUUUGUUUACCUGCGCUUGACUUUUAGAAAAAUCGUGUUUUACAGGGUCUUUCAAGUAAUGUGCAGGAAAGUAGGAGGCUAUAACUUUCGGCGGCGGCGGCGCAGAGAGUUCGUUUUUGGAAUAUGUAUUUUUCAGUGACAUUAUUUUUUGCCUACGAAAUAACGAGCUUUUCGAGUGCAAACUGAGGUCGCUACGACCUUCUGAAGUAAAGGCAUCUCUACCCCGAAAACCAGGGUUUUUCGGUUGAAAAUGAUCGAGAAAUUUCAGAGUUUUUCGGUCGAAAAUCACCGAGAAAUGUCGGGUUUUUUUGGGGGGUUUCGAUAGAGCCGUACGUUGAAAACAGGGAAGGGAAUUGCCAACACGUUGAAAAUUAAGCAAAUAUUCGGCUGCUCUUCAUUCUGACACUUUGGCUAGCCAACCAGUUUUUGUUGGCAGUUUAAAAGUUUGUUUGUCAUUCCUGUCCUUUGACGCCCAUUACACCCUUUGACUAGUUUUUAUAAGACUUCACGGCCAUUCUGGUGCCUUGGCUAGCCGAUUCCAGGUUCCUCAAAUCCCCAAAUGAUGUCACGCUUCUUCGCGGAAGAUACCGAAAAAUAAACUCGAAAUCUGCCCCAAGUUGAGGCUAGCCGAAUAUUUGCUAAAUUUCCAACGUGUUGGCAACAUCCUUCCCUUUUUUCAACGUCAACUCUAUCGGAACCCCUGAAAAAAUCCGACAUUUCUUGGUGAUUUUGGACCGAAAAACUCUGAAAUUUCUCGAUCAUUUUCAACCGAAAAACCCUGGUUUUCGGGGUAAAAGACCCCUUUUUCAAAAGGUUGUAGCGACCUCAGUUUGCACUCUAAAAGCUUGUUAUUUCGUAGGCAAAAAAUAAUGUCACUGAAAAAUACAUAUUCCAAAAACGAACUCUCUGCGCCGCCUCCGCCGAAAGUUAUAGCCUCCUACUUUCCUGCACAUUUCUUGAAAGACCCUGUAAAUGGAUUUUAAGGGUCGAAAAAAGUAAAAAGAGUGGGCGAUUUGGGUUCUUAUCAAUGUAAAAUGAUCUUCUUUCUACUACUUGUUGAAUACAAGUAGCUUAUGAAGCAAUAAUUCCCAUAAAAUUGUCCGAAUAAUUUUGCGGCUCGAAUUUCCAGGAAGCAGAAGCUGGUCCAGUGGAUAAAACAAUUCAAUUUUCUCAAAGCCAAAAACUCACUUAUGUCGUAAUCGAAAGUGCCAUCGGACUUUUAUCCUUGGUAUUCGGAGUGGCUGGAAUUUAUUACGGUAUCUACGCGAUAGUCCGCUUGUUCAAAGACAGGCAGGCUGAAGCCACGACUUACCGGCUGAAUAUUGAACAGGCCAGUUUCGCCGAUCAAUUGGCCCCGAUCAUCGAGCAAUACUGA